UAUCUCUCCCACACAAAGCUCUACGUGUGUUCCCGCAUGAAGUCAAUUACACAGGACUCGACGUCGAAUGGUCCAAAGCGUGCAAGCCAGCAGAACAAUCCGGUCUGUUGCCGGAGUGUGGAACAGAUGACAAUGAAGUUUGUGUGCAGUACUUCACCCAACUCUCGGUCCACUUGUAAGUCUCGAACAAUGCAACAAUAAUUUCCCUACAAAAGGCAUCAUAUAUUCCCCCCCGGUCCAACCGAUGGGGCGAUGCCAUGGACCUCCCGACAAAGCCUUGACCACCGUCCACAGUCGCAUAUAAAAGGUCUUCUCCCAUGGCCUGAACUUCCAAACGAUAUCCGCAAGCUAGUUUCCUCACCUAUUUAUCUAAAAUCUUAUCUCGUCAUGUCCGCUGCUGCCGCGUACGCCGUUCGCUCCGGUUCCUUCAUACAUGACACGAACGCCAAUCUCACCUCCAACUUGCUGACCUCCGAGCAGCGCGCAGCCAUACGCAAGUCCAAUCGCAAGGCCGAGCAAGUUUUAGGAAUUACCCUCACGCGGGACGUGAAUGCUUUUGAGAACAAUUUUGGUCUCCUCAUGGCAACAAUCGGUGCUAAGCGUUCGCGGAGCCGCCAACCCAGCAACGUCACAUUCGUCGGCACGCUCAAAGACUUUGGGGUCAAGAUGAUGGGACUUGACGGGAGGAAGAAACAACGAUGCGCGGACGAAUCGCGCUCAUACCAUCAACCCAUCGUUCUCCGCUCGGCUGCUGGUUCCACAAGUAGUCUCAAGCGCCGGUACUCCUCCACUGCAACCAGUGACGAGGACUAUAAUGAUGAUCAUGAGGACGGCUCAGACGUGGAUAAGGAAUACCUGACAGAACCGAGACGGACCAGUGUGGAUAUCCCUACCAUCUUCGUACCACCAUCCCUCCCCUUCUUGAGUGAUGCAACCCAGGACGAUGUUCCAGCCAACUAUCAGUCGCGUUCCCCCCUCGCCCCCCUCAUCACGGACGAUACGACCGGCUCGUUGUCGCAUCAUUUUGGGCGCAGACACUCCCUCUGUCUCCCACCGAAACGAUGCAAUUUCAUUCCCUCGUUCCGCAGAGAUGAUGCUUCUGAAACCUGCUCUUCUCCUGAGUCGGAAUACUUUGUUCCCCAAUCUGAAGAUUUCCAGUGGGACUUCCCUGAUCCAUUCAAAACGCCCACGACCGAUCCCACAUACGCUUUCGUCAUGGCGCGCUAUGCUAAGAUGCACCUUGGCGACAAUAUUGCUCCACACCAGCACGACGACAGCAAGUUUGGCGAGCACCUGCCGUUCGCAAAUCUGCGUCCCCCUCCUCCAUUCUCUCCAUCGGAUUGUGAGAGCGAGACUGUCAUUGACAGUAGAUUCCAUACACCCAUAGCCCGCCUCUCACUGGGUGCGGUAGGAGGUGGUGCUCAGCUGGGUACGGUUGAACCGACCAACAUUCCCUCCAGACUCGGUUCUCCACAGGAUGGUUAUAAUUCUCGCGCCAGUCGCAACAACAGCACAUCUUCUGACGACCCCUGCUCUUUCCCCCUGCUCCGUGCAGACCUAGAAUAUGUUAAUGCGAUGCUUAGAGCCCAAGAGACACGUGAAGCGAAGGAGGCGAUUACAGAAGAAAUUCGCCGGAGGGAAAAACGUGCGAGAUUAAGGUCUCAUCUAAAGAAGAUUGCUGUGCUUGGUGAAGAGGCGCGAGCCGUGGUCACUACCGCCGCGUAGUUCUUAAGGGAACUGAACGGUCGGAUCAGGGGAUCCUGAAUAGCGUCUGCAAAGGCACUUGACGAACGAGUUACAUAAAUACCUGUGCUCUCUUAUGAUUUUAUGGUCCUUCUCUCCUUACACUCACUCUAGCAUGA